CGCCGCGAGCCGCGGGAGGCGGGGGGCCGCGCGCCCCGCCGACGCUGCGGCGGCGGCCCCCCGGCCGGGGAGGCGAUGAGCGCGGCAUGGCCUGGCGCGGCCGCAGCUGCGGAUCGCUUCCCGCCCUGGCGCCGCAGGAGCUUGCCGGCGCGGCGUGGUCGCUGGCCAAGCGGCCGUGUCGCGACCGGCCGCUGCUGCAGGGCUUGGCGCUGGCGGCGAUGGCAAGCAGCUGGCGCUUGCCGCCGCCAGAGCUUGCCGCCAUCGCGUGGGCGUUCGCUACGCUGCGCGUGCGCCACGGCCCACUUCUGACCGCCAUCCCGGAGGAGUCCGUCUAUCUCAAGGCGCAGUUCAAGCCGAGGCACCUGUCCAACCUGACCUGGGCUUUUGCCGCACUCCGGUGGCCUGACGAGCCACUCUUGCAAGGUCUGGCAGCUGCAUCGCUAACGGUACUCCCGAAUAUGCGGUCCCAGGAAAUUGCUAUCACAGGUUGGUCUUUCGCGGUCCUGCGCUACGCGGACGCCCCUCUGCUCGAGGCUAUUGCGAGCGCUUCCUUGUCGCGCAUGCAGGAUUUCGUAGGGCAGAACGUAUCGAACGUAGCAUGGUCGUUCGCGGCGCUGCGCGUCACGCACGCUCCACUCUUUGCAGGAAUAUCCCUGACUGCCCAGCGGAAGAUUGAGGACUUUGGGCACCAGGCCUUGAGCAACACCGUCUGGGCGUUAUCCCAGCUGCGGUUCCGCGACGAGCCGUUCCUUGAUGUUCUCGCGCCCGCGGCACUGUGCAGGCUACCGCUCUACGGGGUGCAGGAGCUGACCAAUACUGCGUGGGCAUUGGCCGCUCAGAGCGUGCAGCACAGGCCGCUGCUGUGCGCAAUAGCCGCACCCUCGCUCGCUCGGCUUCCUGAGUUUGCGCCGCUGGAGCUAUCGGGCAUAGCUUGGGCGUUUGCGACCUGCCAGUGUCUUGACCAGCCACUCUUUCAUGGCUUGUCGCUCGCCGCGUUGCGACGCAUGGGGGAGUGUGGCGCCCAGAGCUUAGCCAACAUGUCGUGGUCGUUGGCCGUGCUGCGCAUAGCUCACGCACCACUGCUCGACCGUAUCGCGAAGGAGUCCUCCGUUCGGAUUCAGUCGUUUACGGCGCAGGCGCUGGCAAACACAGUGUGGUCAUUCGCCGUCCUCUCGUUACAAGAUCAUUAUUUGAUCCAGGAGAUGUCCGAGAUGUCGCUGUGUAAGCUGGCGGAGUUCUCGUCACCCGAGCUUGCCACCACCGCGUGGUCCGUGGCGAAGCUGCAGGCGCCGCACGAGCCCCUGCUGCAAGCUGUCGCCCCCACCGCGAGCAGGAUGCUGCAGGACUCGCGCCUGGACAGCCACUCUUGCGGGCUGGUGCUCCAGGCGCUCUCGCGCCUGCGUGACCUCGGGCCCGCGAUGGCGUUCUUCUGCGAGCUUCGGGGCCGAGAGGGCCUGGACCCCGGCGGCGCCGCGGCGCACUCCUUGGCCGUGGGCGCGGGGGCGCUGCUGGGAGAGCUGCAGCAGCGACAGGACCUGGACGGCGAGCUGCGCGUGCGCCUUGCCCUAUGCGGGGGCAGCUGCGCCCCGCGGGCCAGUGCGCCGCCGCCCUCCGGGCCGCGGAGGCCGCGGCCGAGAGCUGGGUGCACGGGGCCCUGGGUCUGGGCAGCGGCGGCGGCCCGGGCGGGGCCGGCGCGCGCGGCGUGACCAGCCUUCUGCUGGCGGCGCGCGGGCAGCAGGCGCCGGGCCGCCUCUGGUGCAGGACAGGCGUGGCGACAAGCGCCGCACGCGCAACAGCAUGCGCUCGUCAUCAUCA